CUCCCAUCGGUCCCGCGCUACGGUGGCCGGCGGGCUUAGCAGGCGGGAAAGACGCAGCGGGGCGAUGGCUGCGGAUCAGGAGAUGCGGAACUUCACUCGCGGGCUCUUCCGGAGCAGCCCGGACCUCAGGGUGCUGACGCUGGCCAUGGUGCGGAGCCGGUACCUGGCGCACGUGGGCCGGCAGAGCCUGGUGCGGGCGGAGAAGCAGCUGCUCAAGGAGCUGGUGAAGGAGGAGCUGCUGAGAAUGCAGCUGGAUGAUUCCAGUUCCGAAGGGGGGUCCCCGAGCCCCAAGAGCGCCCGGGACGCCCCUCAAGCCGGGGCUCAGAAGCGACCCCACAGCAGCUCUGACUCGUCGGGGGGCCCCGAGGACACGGCAAGAAAGAAACAGCGACUGGAUCAGGGCUCUGAGGCCAGUUCUGACGGGGAGGAUUCUGGGAUUGAUUCGAGGAAGCCAAAGGCAGAUGCUGGGAAAUCUGGGUACACGGGAUUGCGUGAGGACGAGGGGGACUCGGGAGCAGACGAGACACCUGAGCGGGGCGGCGCCAGCAGAGAGAGCGACUCUGAAUGGGCAGCCAGGAGCGAGGGACCGAAGCAGCCCCAGCGGAGGAGAACGGAGGGAGCUGAGGCGCAGGACCAGCUGGGGAAGAAGCGAGCGAGAGAGGCAGAGCAGAGGGGUGAAUGUGGGAAAGCAAACGGGGGGCUCACAGCUCAGCCGGGGGAGGAAUCGGGGAGCGAAUCGCCAGUGGAGGAGGAGGAGUGUAAGCGGCAGAUGCAGACAGGGAAGACAGGACUGAGGAAGGCCAAGCGGAGGAGUGAUAGUGAGGAGGAGGGGGACAGCAAGGAAAAGGGGAGAAUGAAGGCUCGGGGGAAGGAAGAGGGGAGCAGCGCCGAGGUGGAUGAGAAGUGUCAGAGCAGGAAAGGGGCAGGGAAGAAGGGAAGGAGGAAGGCAGGGAGAUGGAGUGAUAGUGAGGAGGAAGAGAACAAAGAGAAGAUAACAAAGGCUCAGAGAGAGGAGGAAGAGGAGGGUAGGAGCCAGAAGCCGGGAACGAAGAAGGUGCAGCGGAGGAGUGACAGCGAGGCUGAGGAAGUGGGCAGCAGCAAGAAGAGGACGAAGGCCCAGAGUGAGGAGGAAUCGGGGAGCGAGGAGGAGGAGGGUGCGAGCAGGAAGGAGACGGGGAAGAAGGGAAGGAGGAAGGCCGAGCAGGGCAGCGAGAGCGAGGAGGAGGAGGGGAAGGUGCAGAGGGGCAGCUCUGAGACAGAUGAAGACUCUUCGUCAUCGUCCUCCGCACAGGAUGAGAACAACAGCCCUAACCCAGGCUCCCGGCGCAAGAAGGGAAAGGUGAUGGGGGGGACCCAGGCGUCCGGGACGGCUCCAUUAGGGGGUCCUGCAGCGCUUCCAGUGCCCGGGUUGGGGAGUGGGACCCAGGCGUCCGGGACGGCUCCCUUAAGGGGUCCUGCAGUUCCCUCAGAGCCCGGGAUGGUGAAUGGGACCCAGGCAUCCGGGAUGGCUACCCAAGGGCACCUACAAAAAGGAAUUACCAACUGUAAUUGCACUGGAUUUUUUCUCCUGGCAAAAUUGUUUGAAAUGUCCCGAGAGAGGAAACGUGAACUGAAAUUCGAUAAAAUCCCUUUUUUCUCCUAAUGCAAAUUAUUUUAAGUCACUAAAAGGAACAAAGAAAUUGAACUGAAAUUUUCCUACUUUGUUUUUUCCAGUGGAAAAUUGUUUUAAAAUUCCCAAAACCCCCAAGAAAUUGUGAAGUGAAAUUCUGGCUCCAUUAUUUUUCCUGUGAAAAAUGUGUCUGACAACUGGGGGAAAAGGCUCGAGGACUGAAAUUGCAUUAAAUACAUUGUCUGUCUCCAGGAAAAAAAACAAUAUAAAAGUGGUGAAAAGUUGGAAGUUAAAUUUUAUUGCAUGAUUUUUUUUUAUUAUUAAACUGGAGAAAGGGAACAAGAAAUUGUAGAAAAAUUUCAGCUCAUUUUUUUCCAGUGGAAAAUUGUUUUAAAAGUUAGGGAAAAAAGGACAGAAAUUAUGGAAUUAAAUUUUUGCAACAUUCAUUCUUUUCCCCCAAAAUUGUUUUAAAAUUCAGGAAAAAUUAAUUGGGACCUGAAAUUGUACUUCAUGAAUUUUCUUUUUUCUCCUGGCAAAUUAGUUUUAAAGUUGGGGGGAAAAGGAAAAAAACCUGAUCUAUGAAAUUUUACUGUGUGUAGUCAGAGAAAAGAGAAAUUGGGAACUGAAACAUGGCCAUGUGAAUCUCACUUGCCCCGCAGGUGGAAAAAUUGUUUUAAAAUGCAGGGCAAGGAAAUUCUGAACAGAAACUGCACUAAAAAUUUUUUCUCUGGAAAAAUUAUUUUAAAAGUCAGGAACAAGAAAGCCUGAACUGAAAUUUUAUUAAAUGCAUUUUUUUCCCCAUGCAAUUUGAAGGGGGGGGCAGGGGGAGAGAGAAGGGAAAAAUGAAUGGAAUUGAAUUCUUAUUACAUUUUUUCCCAGUGGAAACUGUUUUUUAAAGUUAGAAAAUUGGACAUUGUGAAAUGAAAUUUUCCUGCAGGAAUUAUUAUUUUCCCCAGUGGAAAUGUUUGUAUUUAAAAAAACCAAAGCAAACCAACCCAGGCCGGGGUAAGGAAGCCAUCGAGCGCUGACGUUUGCUGACAUUAAACCCACCCACCAGGUUUUAAAGGAAACCUCCCCCCCC